AUGGUGAGAUUUUCAACUUAUUGUGAAAAAGUAUGCUUUCUAGCUUGCCUUAUCUUGUAUCUUCAGCUAGCUUCAUCACCAAAAAAUGCUUUUGCUUCUGCCAAUUCCACUGAAGCAGAAGCACUCCUCAAAUGGAAAGCUAGCUUUCAAAACCAAACCCAAAACAACCUGACCUCAUGGAUUAAUACAAAUGAAGCCCCAUGCAAUACUUGGGUUGGUGUUUCAUGCAACUCUGAUGGAAGUGUCAACAGAUUAAACCUCACCAAUUCUGGUAUACAUGGUACUCUACUCGAAUUUCCAUUCAUGUCCUUGCCUAAUCUUGCAUAUGUUGACCUCAGCUUGAAUGAAUUUUUUGAUCAAAUCCCACCUGAGAUCAGUUCCCUCACCAAACUCAUCUAUUUCGAUAUAUCCUACAAUCAAAUGUCUGGAAAAAUCCCACCCGAAAUCGGUCUCUUAACAAAUCUUCAGGUUCUUCACCUAAAUGCAAAUAAGUUUAACGGCUCAAUUCCUCAAGAAAUAGGCCAACUUAAAUUUGUCUAUGAGCUAGCUCUAAACUUAAACAAUUUAGAGGGUUCAAUUCCAGCUUCUGUCGGUAAUUUGAGCCAGUUGACUUCUUUGAUUCUCUUCGGAAACCAACUUUCGGGUCCUAUCCCUCCUGAAAUAGGAAACCUUUCGAAGUUGGUUGAACUUUACUUGUUUGACAACUAUUUAUCAGGCUCAAUCCCUCUGAGUUUCGGAAACUUGAAAAAUCUAACCACGAUGAUGUUGUACAACAAUACCCUUUCUAGUUCUAUCCCAACUUCUUUGUGCAAUUUGACAAACCUUGUUUAUCUCUCUCUCUACGAUAAUAAACUUUCCGGCACUAUUCCUGAAGAGAUUGGAAGGUUGAAAUUUUUUGUGUCUCUAGAGCUCACCAACAAUCAGCUCAACGGAACCGUUCCCUCGUCGUUUGGCAACUUGAGCAGCCUACAAAAACUUUACCUCCGUGGUAACCAAUUAUCUGGAUCAAUCCCCCAAGAGAUAGAGAAUCUACUAAAGUUGACAAUACUUGACUUGGCUACUAACCGAUUUUCUGGUUAUUUGCCUCGAGAUAUAUGUAGAGGUGGAUUGCUACAAAGGUUUAGUGCAGAAAACAACGAAUUUUCAGGUCCAAUCCCGAAAAGCUUGAAAGGUUGCAAGAGCUUGGUCAGAGUCCGUCUUCAAGGAACCAAUUUACAAGCAAUACAUCUGAAGACUUUGGUGUCAAUCUGA